UCAAAAAAAGAAGAGAGAGAGAGAGAGAGGGAGAGGGAGAGGGAGAGGGAGAGAGAGAGAGAGAGAGAAAAGAAAAAGAAAAAAAUGGAGAUCGCGAAUCUCCCCAUCUCCGCGUCGCAGCGUUCGAAGCUCCUCUCGGCGGGAUACGCCACCCUCUCCUCUCUCUCCUCCCUCUCCCCUUCUCACCUCGCCCGAGAUCUGAAUAUAGAGCUUCAGGAAGCACUGGAGAUUCUGAAGGUUGUGUCAGACGCCGCCGACAGAAGUAAAAGCACAGAUGGCCAUCAUCAAGCUCUUAAGGGAGUUCAGACUGCUUGGGACAUGCUAUCAGAGGAGCAAAUGCAGCAACACAUCACUACUGGUUGUGAAGAUCUUGACCACAUACUCCGCGGAGGAAUACAUUGCGGAGAAGUUACUGAAGUUGGUGGUGUUCCGGGAAUUGGUAAAACACAAUUAGGGAUCCAGCUUGCAGUCAAUGUUCAGAUUCCAGUUGAAUAUGGUGGUCAUGGUGGGCAAGCAGUUUAUAUAGAUACCGAAGGCAGCUUUAUGGUAGAACGUGCUCACCAAAUCGCGGAAGGAUGCAUCAAUGGGAUACUAGAUAAUUUCACAGAUCAUGAUAGAAAGAUUUUGGCUUGCCAGGAAUGGAUGCAACCGAACAGUUUCCUAUCUAACAUCUUUUACUUCCGCAUAUGCAGUUACACUGAGCAAAUUGCUGUGACAAACUACUUAGAGAAGUUUCUCAAAGAGCAUAAAGAUGUAAAGAUAGUUGUAAUAGAUAGUGUGACUUUUCACUUUCGCCAGGAUUUUGAUGAUUUAGCCUGUAGGACGAGGAUACUCAGUGGGAUGUCUCUGAAAUUGAUGAAGCUUGCGAAAACAAAUAACUUGGCGGUUGUUUUGUUGAACCAAGUAACAACAAAGUAUACAGAAGGCUCAUUCCACCUAACUCUUGCUCUUGGUGAUAGUUGGUCGCACUCAUGCACAAACCGCAUCAUUCUGUAUUGGAACGCAAACGAGCGUUACGCAUACAUCGACAAGUCUCCGUCUCUCCCCUCGGCCUCGGCUCCUUACUCUGUGACGAGCAAAGGGAUUCGGAACUCUACUUCGCAUUGCAAGCGUGUUAGAAUGAUGUAAGUCCCCUUCCAAACAUCAGAGAGUUUUGAGUGGGACAUGGGAAGUAGAGAAAUCACAAAAAUCAUUUGUGCUCUUAUGUUGUUCCCUGGGUGUAGAUAUGACCAUUUUGUAGUUUGCUAAAUUGGUUGUCUAUGUUACACAUGCUUCUGAUGCAUGUUAAGGAUGCAUGUUCCAAUUUUGUACCUUUUUGAGGAUAGAUUUAAAUGUAUGGAUUCAGGAUCUAAACUUGAAAUGAAUUGUGAUUUUUGUCUUA